AUGGACAUUUUAAAGCAAGAAAUAGCAAAGAAAAAACAACUUCUUGAGAACAAGUCUUUACUGGCCCCAAAUAAGAAAUAUUUCAAAAGGUCGGAGUUGGUCGAGAAGGAGAGGGAGGAAUACUGGCAGUCCAGCAAGCGGUCCAAGGUGGAAAUUGAUAAAGAGAGAGCCUCGAUUUUGUGCUCCUUUGAUGAGAAUAGCCAGGGUUCAAAUUCAAGCGAUAACCCAGAGGAAGAAAAGAAGAAAGUUAAUCUAUCCAGGAAGGAGGUCAUUCGAAGGUUACGUGAGAGAGAUGAACCAAUCAGAUUGUUUGGCGAGUCGGACUACGAAUCGUUUCUGAGGUUGAGGAAGCUAGAAGUACUCGAACCGGAAGUUAACAAGGGUUUCAAAAACGACUUCCAAGAUGCCAUGGACAAGGUGGAUGAAGACUACGUCAACGAGCUGCUCAAGUCGUCGUCAGAUGACUCUGAACAGAUGGCAUCACUCGGUGCUGACGUCAAGGUAAAAGACGACGGUACAACGUACGAAGAAGUCCUUAAAAUGUCAGAGGAUUUCGGCAAGGGUAACGCGGCACUGGAUUCUCAGGUCAUGCUCAAGUUUCUCAAGUUAGUACUGAACAUAUGGGGUGAGGAACUCAAUAAGAGGCCACCAGAGGUCAAGAGAAGUCUUAAGGGUAAGGUAGUCAGUGCCACUCACAUGCAGACCGUUGCCUACAUUAAACCUUUAUUCAGGAAACUCAAAAAACAAGCCGUCUCUGACGAUAUCUUCGCCUGCCUGGUCGACAUCGUCAAGUUCAUGAUCGAGAGGCAUUAUUUGAAGGCCAACGAAGCCUACCUAGAAAUGGCAAUAGGGAACGCCCCGUGGCCCAUCGGUGUGACCAUGGUGGGUAUCCACGCGCGUACUGGUAGGGAGAAAAUUUUCGCUAAAAAUGUUGCUCAUGUACUGAAUGAUGAAACCCAACGAAAAUACAUCCAAGCCUUGAAGAGAUUGAUGACGCAAGCACAGAAAUAUUUCCCGACUGACCCGUCAAAAAGUGUCAACUUCGAAUCACAGAACAAACUUGCAGACUGA